UAACGGGCAGCUAUGCCGCGCUCUGCAGAAGACGGGCUGGACGCGUCCGCUUGGAACAACGGCCGGUGCACCGGGGGACCGACCCGGGGACUGCGGGACGCGGCGCGCUGCUGACAGACGGCCUCUCCCCGGGGACAGCCUCCCGUCCGCUCCCGGCGAGCCGCGGCGGAGCACCGAAUCCGCUCUUUGUGCGCUCUUUCUCUCCGCUCCUCUGAUUUUUUUCCUCCCCCCCCCCCCCCCCCCCCCUCCUCUCCGCUUCUCGGCUCCCGGCAGAAAGACCCCGACACGGCAGCGAUGUUGCCGCUACAUGUGCAGGAUUAACCUCCGCUCCGUGCCGCGUGUCCGCCUCGCCCGUACGUCGCCGCGCCCGCAGCCCGAGCCGCCGCAGCGGGGUCCGCCAUGGGCUCGUCGGCGCUCCGCGGCUGCUGGAUGGGGACGCUGUGCCUGCAGCUGCUGCUGUGGAUUUUAUGUGCGGUGAACGGAGAGGAGCAGCCGUUCAGCGUGGAGGCUUGGCUCCAGAGGUAUGGCUACCUCCCUCCUGCAGACCCCAGAAUGUCAGUGCUGCGUUCUGCCCGCGUCAUGCAGUCUGCUAUCGCUGCCAUGCAGCGCCGCUACGGCCUAAAUGUCACAGGGACUCUGGACAGCAACACUAUAGAGGAUAACACAGUAAGGUGGAUGAAGAGGCCCCGGUGUGGAGUUCCCGACCAGAUAGGGGGAUCGUCCAGAUUCAGCGUCAGAAAACGGCGGUACGCGCUCACGGGACAGAAGUGGCAACACAAACAUAUCACGUACAGUAUAAAGAACGUGACGCCCAAGGUGGGGGCGGAGGAGACCCACGACGCCAUCCGGCGAGCCUUCGACGUGUGGCAGAACGUGACGCCGCUGCGCUUCGAGGCGGUGCCCUACAGCGAGCUGGAGAGGACCAAGAAGGACGUGGACAUCACCAUCAUCUUCGCCUCGGGUUUCCACGGCGACAGCUCGCCCUUCGACGGGGAGGGGGGCUUCCUGGCCCACGCCUACUUCCCGGGGCCGGGAAUAGGAGGCGACACGCACUUUGACUCGGACGAGCCGUGGACGCUGGGAAACCCCAACCAUGACGGUAACGACCUGUUCCUGGUGGCGGUCCACGAGCUCGGCCACGCGCUGGGCCUCGAACACUCCAACGACCCCACGGCCAUCAUGGCGCCCUUCUACCAGUACAUGGACACGGACAACUUCAAGCUGCCCAUGGACGACCUGCUGGGCAUCCAGAAGAUCUACGGACCUCCCGAUAAGAUCCCGCAGCCCACCAAGCCCCUGCCCACGGCGCCGCCUCCUCGCUCCCAUCCGCCGUCAGACCCCCGCAAGCCAGACAGGCAGACUCGGCCCCCGAGGCUGCCUCCCGGGGACCGGCCGUCCCACCCCAACGCCAAGCCCAACAUCUGCGACGGGGGCUUCAACACGCUGGCCAUACUGCGGAGGGAAAUGUUCGUCUUCAAGGACCACUGGUUUUGGCGGGUGCGGGACAACUCGGUGAUGCCGGGAUACCCCAUGCUCAUCAGCGUCUUCUGGAGGGGCCUGCCGCCCAAGAUCGACGCCGUGUACGAGAACAGCGAGGGGAAGUUCGUCUUCUUCAAAGGGAAGCAGUUCUGGGUGUUUAAGGACACGGUCCUGCAGCCCGGUUACCCCAAGGACAUCACCCAGUUCGGCCACGGCAUGCCGGCCCAGAGCAUCGAGACCGCCGUGUGGUGGGAGGACGUGGCCAAAACCUACUUCUUUAAAGGGGACAGGUACUGGCGCUACAACGAGGAGAUGAGGACGAUGGACCCCGGCUACCCAAAGCCCGUCACUGUGUGGAGAGGUGUGCCUGAAUCGCCGCAGGGGGCCUUCGUCGACAAAGCCAAUGGUUUCACCUACUUCUACAAGGGGAAGGAGUACUGGAAGUUCAACAACCAGAUGCUCCGCGUGGAGCCGGGCUACCCGCGCUCCAUCCUCAAAGACUUCAUGGGCUGCGAGCUGACGCCCGCCGACCCCGGCCGCCCGCCGGCCGACGACGGCGGCACGGACGUGGUGAUCGAGCUGGACAACGAGGCCAACACGGUGAAGGCCAUCGCCAUCGUCAUCCCGUGCGUGCUGGCGCUGUGCCUGCUGGCGCUGGUCUACACCGUGGUGCAGUUCAAGCGGAAGGGGACGCCGCGCCACAUACUGUACUGCAAGCGCUCCAUGCAGGAGUGGGUGUGAGGCGGCGGCGGCGGCGGGGGGACGGCCGGAGGAUGGCAGACUCUGGACAGCUUUAUUGAAGAAACACGCCGCCUUGCCUCCUCCUCCUCCUCCUCCUCCUCUUUCUUCUUCUUGGGUGGUCUGCCGGCGGUCCCUCGAACCAGAGACCAUCCCCAGGACUUGAAGCGGACUCUGCCGGUGCCCAGCCUUUUUAACACACACCGGGGGGGGGCAGAGGGACAGAAACGACCUUCAGCCCUGGUCCAGAAAACAAACAAACAAACAAACAAAACCAAGAGGGUCAGCAUCACUUUGUAUCUCAGAAACUUGACUUCCUGUCCCCCUUCCUCUUUUACUGCUCUGCCCGACCGCUUUUAAAUGGGAGGACUUUCAGGGGGAAGCGCACACUUCCCACGAGGCGCUGCAUUGUCAACUGUCAUAUCAGGUUUUUGCGAGAAAAAAAACAAAACAAAAAGAAAAAUGAAAAAAACAAACAAACAACAGUUUUCUAUUUUCUGAUCUGGGUGACUCCCUCCUCCGAUUCAUCACACGCUCAAACACCGAACCGUCUCAGAUUAAUCACCGGUUAAUCACCUCACUCCCUUGGUUCUUUUUUUCUUUUUUCUUUCCAAAUUUUUCAAUUUGACUUCGUUUUAGAAAGGAGGUCCUCACGUUUCCCUUUAAGACGCUCCUGAGGAAGAGACCAAACCAAACCAAAUAAAAUCACUUUCUCUCCAAAGAGGAUCACUGUUUUCUUUCUUUCUUUUUCUUUCUUCCUUCUCUUGCUGUUGAUUUGCUCCAUCCUUCGCCCCCCUCUCUGGAUCCGUGCAGCGACUGAGAGUCGGGCAGCUCUGACUGUUGUGGCAGUCUGUCUGAGACACAGGGGCCAAAUUAUUCUGCAAUAUUUUAACUCGCCUUAAUUAUGACUCAUACUACUUGUGCUUGGUUUUGCUGUUUAUGGUGUUUUUUUGUUUUUUUUUUUGUUUCUUUAUUUGUAUACUGCUUUUGUUUUUUGUUUGUUUGUGAAAGAGGCUCAUUUAGUGCUUCUUGUGACUGCUAUUUUCUGGAUUUUAUUACAUUAACGCAGGAUCCUCGGCACUGGCUUGCCGAGCUAUUCUGGACAGAACAUACAGUGGGGUCAGCCUGUACUGAGAGUAAAGUAUUGUAUCGUUU